AUGGCUACAGUGCAAUAUAUGUUGCUUCCAUAUAGUAUCACUAAUGAAAUAGAUUUACCAUUCACGCCUAUUGCACAUUCCUGUAAUCUACAACAAGUCCAACAUCGUGGAAAUUUGCCCGACGUGGCACUUAAAGUGGCGAUCUUUUGUGACCCGCAGGCUAGAUUGGCAGAGCUCGAUACUCCGCGACGAUUGGAGAACCUUCAGAAACUCGAGGAACUGAAGAAGCACCUGAUGGAUCUCGAGAAGCAGUACGAGAAGGGCAAGCCGCUGGUGAACCUCGUGGACAAUAUGGUGAAGUUGGGCUCCCUGUACAAUCGCAACACUGCCAAUGGGACCAACAGUGUCUCGGGUUCCCGACACGACCUGGCACACGACAAUUCCAGGGAUCAUCGUUUGGAAUUCAAUCAGAAGGUGCAGGAGCAACGUUUGCUCGCCGAGGAGCGCAGGGACUGGGAUCGAUUAAGUCCUGACCAUGGACAAUUACAGGCCAAGGUGCAGCAGCUCUACAAACUGGAUCGCCUGCUCCAGGAGGAAUCCGGAACACUUCACAGUCUUCAGCAAGACAAGGAGAUACUGGAGAAAGCACUGGGUGGUCUCCGGCACAAGCUGCAGGGCAGUAGGAGCAAUUUGGCGGAAGCUGAGAGAUACAGGAAGCAGCAGCUCUUGCUGGAAAAAGAGCUGAGCAGAGUGAGAGUGUUGCUGGCGCACAACUCCAAGGUGAAGCCGGUAUUCUUCCAGAAACUUGAGGAGACGGUCGCCGAGAAUGCGAGAUUGGAACAAGACCUGGUGGUACUGCGGCAGAAGCUUCAGGCAUCGAGAAGAUAUGCAGGGAAUCUGACUAGAGACACUUCGGCCACGACUGGCCCCCUUGAAGCCGAGUUGAGAAGAGUUCAACAAUUGGUCGGAGAUCUGCAGAGACAACGAAAGGAAUUGAGCAUUCAAGUUAGACAGCUAACGGAGAAGUCUCACAAUCUGGUGCAGCAGAUCCGACCGCAACCUACAUCUGCUCCCCAAGUGCACCAGCCAAAGAAGCGGACACAAAACUCUUGGUUGGAGACCGAUCUCGAUUCCGGGAUAACUCUGGACCACGGCUUGGAUUCACCAUCGAGUCCCGCGCUGUCCUCGUCGCCCCGUGGCAAGCAGAACGGUGGACCGUAUCCUCAUUUCAGUUCACCGACGCAGAUCAAAGACUCCUCGCCCACGAAUCGUCAACAGACGAACCUACAAUCGUAUCCUCAGUCGCCGCAGAAUCACAUUUCCUCGCUCUCGCCCCAGUUGCGCGAACAGAUUCAACAGCAUCAGCUGAAGCAACAGCUUCUGAAGGAUCAGAUGCAGGGAAAAGGAAGCCUGAUGCAAGCGAACGUCGCUCCGUUAUACGUCAACACGGAUUCUCGGAUUCAAGAGAACAAUAAGCAGGAUGAACAUUUGACUAACGGCACGAUUCCUCCACCGGAAUACGUUCCACCCCCUCCGCCGCCACCCCUCGCCGAGGAAUCGUUACUGAACGAUAAUUACAGACAGAACGAGGACAACAAGUUUGCCGGCUUGAUUCACAACCGUGAGAAACAAGAGAUUAAGACCGUGCGAAUCGUGAAACGGGAAUCGGAAAGACGGCAAAGAGAUCGAGGAGACAGAACUGGAAACAUUGGAAUUCCAUUAACGAACGGGCUUCAGGCGCCCGGAGGUGCCAAGAGAUUGUGCGACGAUGAUUUAGGAGGUUCUCAGAAAUUCGAGAAGGCUCAAUUAGGAAAGGUGGUAGAAGAGUCGCCGAUGAUUCACGCUCAAAGCACGGUCCAGCUGACGGAUUUGGACGAUGUGCAGUUCCAAAGAAGCAUGUCCUUGCCGAGAGGUUUUGGCGGACAGCGGCAACAGCAGCCCGAGAUUCAUCAGGUUCCGGUGGUGCCUCCUCCCAGAAGCGACAGCAUGCACGCCUUGAGAACUAUGCUGGCCAGACGGAAUAAAGUCAGGUUCGAAACCCAGGACGGAAGCUCGGACAGUACUCUUUCACCGUACACGGAGAGCCUAGCCUCGAGCUCGCAUCUGCCUAUGAGCUCGCCGAAUUACUCGACCAGCCCAUCCUACAGCCCCAGCCAGCAGAAUUAUCCAGUUAGAUCGAGCCAUCAUCAACAACCAUAUUACCCACCGUACAGACACUAUGAGAAUCCUACGAUAAGGAGGAACGACAACGCGACAGAGCCAGUGAGUCCAGAAUUAUUGUCGCCGACCAGCCUCGAUGGCCAGGAGAGACAGUUUGGCUCGUCGUUGACUGUGAACGCGUCAAACUCGCCGCAGCUGUCGCCAGUAUUCAAGAGCGAGGCAGCGAAACAGAUUAUCAAGGAGAUGACGGAGAAAAAGGUGGAGGGGCCGAGGCGCAGACAGAUCCCCCGCGAGAAAAGGCGACACUAUACCGUGUCCAGUAGCAAACCCAUCCUCGAUCUAGAGGACACCUUCUCUAAGAUGGGAAUGGGUAGAGCCAGAGAUGAUCUGGAUAUGGAACGAGCACUCAGGCCGAGGAUCAACGCGCCGGAUGUCGUGAGAUCGACUUUGAGCCACAAGGAACUGAAGUACAACGAGAGUACUAUUGAUCAGUUGUUGGGAACGCCCAAUAAGAUCGUAAUACCUGAGAGAUAUAUUCCUGAACAGACGCCAGAAUUAACUGCGGAAGAGCAGGAGCAACGAUUGAAGAAAGCGGAAGCGAUAAGGAAGAUGCUGUCGGAAACAACUGUGACUGCACCGGAUGGAAGCGACGACAAUAUUAAUAUCGAGCAAUCAGACAGCUUGAAGAGAAAAGUGGUGGAAGAGAAGCGGCAAAGAGAGCAUAUUUUACAGCUAAAUCAAAUUUUAGCGAAGCAAGUGAUGGAGAAGAGCAAGAUGGUGGCGGGACACGCACAUCAUAUUAUCGUUUAUCAGUGAAAGCACUGGCCACUCUACCAUUGAAGACCGAAUCGAGCUUAGAAGACGAGGAUCUCUCGCCGGUAACGCCGUUACCUCUCUAUCAACAGAGAGAGAAUUAUUACUCGUAAGAUGAUCCAGGCCAAUGUCUUUCGGACAUAGCCACGGAGAAACUAAAUCCUUUUAGCACAAAAAGAAAACUUUACUGCCAGCCCGGAACAACAGAGAAACAAAACCAUCUUUCCUCGUGUAACGUUUUUUGAAAUUUCAUAACGAACGAUUCGUCCGACAACUUGCUAUCACGAUUAUAUUAAUGAUAAAGGAAACAAUUCUUUCGUUCUUUUUUAUUUUAUUUGCGUAAAUAUUGUACAUAAUCAUGGAUUAAAAAAUAAAAUAAACUGAUAAUAAAUAGCUGUUCUCUGGAUCGUCGAUAAGAACUAGUAAUAUAAUGAAUGUCGAACAGAUUUAGCAAACGAUAUUUAUAGGAGGAAAUAGUAAAUUCGAAUGAGAGUUUAUGUUGAUCAUUCGUCUCGGAGAUAAAGAAACUUUCAACCCUUUGCACUUUGCUACAAUUGGAAAAAGUUUCGUGGUGAAAAAAUGGAAAUCUUUUGAUAGUGAAGAGGACUUUGAUUUUGACGUAUAUAAAAAUUGAACGAAUUGUUCUAGCGACGAUAGUAAAAAAGUACUGUUAAGAAGAAGAAAAGCAGUGAAACGCAAAAUUUAUUCUUAAAAAGAAUUAAGCUAACAAACAUGUGAUAAAAUUUGAAAUGUAUAAUUAUUUGACGUAAUAACUUGAAUAAUUAAUGUUCGCCAGAAGUACCAUCAAAAAUAUCUUGGGGUUGUUGGUAGCUAGAGUGCAAAGGGUGCAAAUUUUCUAUUUAUUAUUUAUUCUCCUUUCAAUCGACUAUUGUUUCCCACCUUUAACGCAGAACAAUUUCCAUUUACUAUUUUCUACUUGAAACGUUAUAUCGUUUAAUCGUGACGUCGAGACAGGAUGGUUUCAAGUCUUCGAUUCGUCUAAGAUUUUAAUCAUUGUUCAUUCAUUGGAUUAUCCAAUCCUACAUUAAGAAUACAUUCUAACAAUUUCGCCAGACAUUUGUAUUCGAUUGAUAUAUUCGGUCUUGUACGUUUUUUAACGAAAUAAACACUCGAAACAUAUAAAAUUCCGUCAUCGUAAAAUUAAAGACUAACUGCGAGGCCUAUACCCUGUAAUCGUAAAUGUUGCUCCAACGUAAACUAUUCUAGCGAUAAAUAUUCUGAUGCCGCGUGUCGCUUGACGCCAUUCUGCCUCGAUGUUUCCUCUUCCUCUUGAAGAGAAUGCUUCCACGAGUUUCUAUCACUAGCAAUAAAUAAUAAAUUAAGAAGCAGCGAUCGCACAGUGCGGCUCACUUAGCAAAUGACUGUAAUCGAAUUCCUCUAAUUCGUGCGAACGUCGUUAUUUAGAUAUAUGAUUGACCACUGAAUUCGGCCAAUGGUAAUUAAUUAGAAGAAUCAAGUACAUUUUAUGUUAGAUCGUUGAAUGUAUUAGCAACUAAUUUCGUAGUUUGCACAAAUGCAAAAUUAAUAUUCAAUUUUUAAGGAACAAGUGAUUUACUUUUGUAAGUUCAUUCAUCGAAGAAAAAUGGUAAAUUUAAAGGGCAAUGUUUGUAAUGUCAUUAUUGUGUUUUUCAAUUUACAUAAUUGAUAUGGUUGAUUUUCCUAUAUUAGAUAAAAAUAAAAAAUGAUUCUUUUAAUUUUAUGAUUAAGUUUCUGUUCCAGUUCCCAAUAUUUUUCAAAAAAAUUGCCUUACCUACACGUAAUGAUCCAAUUUUAUUUUUUCUAUCACCUUCUGAGAACAUUAUUCCUAUUUUUUCUUUACUGUAAAUUUCUCAUAUUAUUAUCUUUCUUCUUUGGUCAAAUUAUUCUCUUAAUACAACUUAAUACAACUUUCUCGUUAAUAGAGAAUGGAAUAAAUAAUUACAUUGGUCGAAUUCAGUGAAAUUUAUCUAUUACACAAAAUCGUAUUUCACAAACUCGUUCUCUCAACGUUCAUUAACCCUCGAACGAUGAUUUGAGUAACGUGUAGGUCGAAUGUUGGAUCCAAACAUAUCCAUAGCUUCUAUUUAAAUUCUUUUAAAUAGAAGAAUACGAAGGAAUAUUAAACUCAAAAUAAUUCAUUAAAAUUGAAAUUUCCCUUUUUUCUCGUGGAUCCUUCAUUUAUAAACAUAUUUUUGUUAGUUAUAUUAAUCAUUAUUAUUACGAAUUCAAUAUUAAUGACGACGGACCCGGAGAAGUAUUUCUUUAAGUUUACAUUUACUAACAUUAAUUACUAGGAAAUAAUUUAUUGCGUCUAUUGUGUUUGUACAUACCGUAACGAGUUUGGGAAUCAUCGGUUUAAGUCAUCGGCGGAUUUACAUAAGAAGAAACGAAUACAUUAGCGAUAAGGUACAAGAAAUAAGGUAGAGUUUAAGGUUGCGUUUGCGGUAGGUGCUACGAGCGACGCAACAUAGUCAAAAUAUUAAUAAAGAUCGCUAUAAUGAUCGAAUUGAACUGACUGAGACGCGAGUGAAUUUGCGGUGUAAAACACCGAUCGAGGGCACAUGAAAUUCUAAAUAAGUUCUUCGAACAUGUGUGUGCUCGAUAAUUUGUUCAAAGCGUGUAAGAUAAUGAUUGAAUCGUUGCAAUGAAGUGUUCAGCGUCAAUCACUGUUAUCAUAUUCAGAAUGGGUGAGUACAAUUUAGUAAUUUAUCUAACACUUGUUCCAAUCAAAAGCAAUGUAAGAGGUGACUGAUAAAUUAAUAACAACACGUUUCUCAAUGCUAAAUCAGAUUGCCCAUCUUUUUUACUUCGAAACAGUCACGAAAUAAAGUGAAAUGAUUAAACGCUGUAAUAUGGCUGAACUUCGAUAACUCGAAAACCUUCAAAGAGAUAAAAAUUCCCUUCCACUCUAUAACUUUUGGAAAAUGAACGUCUGUCGAAUUAUUUGUCGUAUGUUUACCAUACAUUUUACUUCUAUUUGUAUUAAAAUUUGAAUGUAGAAUGUCUUUUUCAAGUUUGCUUCUGCAUACACAGUGAUUCACGAAAAUAUUUGAACACUUAUCGUAAAAGAAAUUUUAUAGGUAUGUAUCAGUGUUCUGUAAAAUAUUUUGAACUUUCUUUAACACUUAUACUAAAUGAGAGAUUACGCGAGUAUCAUUAUAUUGUUAAAAUUUCAAAUCAAUCUGAAGAUGUAUAUACCAGUUGCAAGAUAUUAAUUGCAAACAUAUAUAUAUGUAGUAAAAAAUUAGUCUACAGCAAGAAUAAUCAUCUUUAACAUGUUAUAAGUAUAUAAUAAAAAAAAUAUAUACAUAUGAUUAAAAAUGGUUCAUUGAUACAUGUCUCAUUGAUUAUGUAUACAUUUUCUAAUCCUCACGAAAUAUAUACUUGCAUUAAAUAUCUUGUAACAUUCAUAUUAUGUUUAUUUUUAGAUUUGUUUCAAACUUGAUAUAAGUAUAACAAUCGAUUUUCAUUAUAGUAUAUAUGAAAUGUCAAAAUAUUCUAUAUAAUAUACAUUAAAUAUUCAUAGAAUGUUCUUAUAAGCAUUCAAAUACUUUCGUGAGAAAUUAUAAGUCAAUAAUUAAUCCAAUACGAUCAUUGACAUUAUAGUUGUCAAUUGUUCAUACCUUAAUAAUAAAAUGAGUUCUACGUUUUCAGAAAUUGAAAAAUUAAUUCUGAUACAAGGCUUUCAUAAAUCAAAUUUUUAAUCAAAGUUUUAUUCACUUUCCUUAAAAUUCAAGUUAUCGAAGUACUAUACUGUAUUCAGAAAAUAUGGUAAUGGAACGUGAAUAGACUGCGGUUUUACAAUACGCAAAAGUAUGUAAAAUACUUAUAACGUUUAACAAAUGAAACAAAUCUCCAUUCAAGUUCCAUCUCUUUAAUUAUGAAAAUAUAAUAAAAAUUCGCAGUUUGACCAUUAAUUUCUUUAAACUUGCUAUACUAAAAUACAGAUUGUAUGUCGUUGUAUUUCAAACGAACAGACGCAACAUUAUCAUUAACUUCUGCACGUUUGAUCGGUGUUUCCAUCAGUGAAUCUGCUCCAACUUCAACGCGAUCAAACGCAUAGAUCUGAUAAUGUGACGCACUAAUCACUCGAGCACUCGCCAUCCUAAUCGACACUUUUCUUACGAACUCUUCUCAUACAGAUACGUACGUUUGAUCGACGUUGGAUCAUCGUGUAAUUUAAGGAAAAACACGUAACAUGUAUGUAUGCUUUAGAAACGUCUGUAAUAUCGUUCUACGUCGAUUGUUUUCACGUUUCGAAGCGGCGUGUAUUAUGUUUUCCCCGAAAGUCGAUUCACGUUGUCUGUCAAUCAAGAUUAUCGUAUUGUUUAACAAUAUGAGAAGAAAAAAGACUUCAAAGGUGCGACUAGAUAAAUUCUAUAAAAAAAAACGUGUAACAUCGUAUCCAUUUAAUGGUCGAUUGUCAACGUAACCUUCGAUAUAAUCGAAACUUGGUUCUUUGAAGCGGGAAUUGCAUUCGUUGUUGUUAUUAUUCUGGUCGAAGGGCCAGACCUUCCUUUUCCUUUAGCGGUUUUUUUGAAUUCGCCAAUUUUAUUUAGAUUGUCAUUGAUCUGCGGAUUUUUAUGCAUUUGUGAGAAAUUUGAAGAAAGAAAUGCUGCAAUGAAUAGGAUAUCAUAAUAUUUAGUAGAUGAAACGAAUCUCUACUUCGAUUUCUUGUUAAAUUUCGAUUGUUAAAAUAUAGAAAUGCACAAAAGUUCGCAUUUUAAUUAUUGUUAUACGAAAUGUCCGAUUUUUAAUGGUAAUUUAAACUAUUAGAAUAUGAAAACGUAACAUUAAAAAGAGGAAGUAUUAUAAUCUACACACACUCUCCAACUAAAUUGUAAAUUUCUUAAUUCAUUAUUUAGUUAUACCAAUUAAUUUGGUAUCAUUUUUCUUAGUAUAAUUAAAAUUUUUGAUUAUAUUUUAUUUUUUGUAAAAGCUUAAGGUUUCCUUUAAAGGCAUUUUCAACAGUCUGUUGAUUUGUAAAGAUUUUCUCACUGAGGCAAUGGUUUAGAUAUUUAAAAAGAUAGUAAAAUAAUGAGAUAAUAAAAAUACGUCAAGAGCAGGACUAAUUAAUAGUAACAUUAGCAAUGUAUAAAACAAAUGAAGGCUGAAUCGGAGAAAAGAAAGUCUGCGCUUAGAAUAUCUCUAAAAUGUCUAAAUAUUUACUGGAAAAAAGAAGUCUUAAAAUAUCGAUACAGAAGAAUCGGACAUUUCACGUGUGUUGCAAUCUAAUUAGAAUAUAAUUUAUACAAAUAGCAGGAUCUCUAUAAUAUACCAAAAAGUGCGAGAAAUAGUGGAAGGGAAUCGCCGAUUGCGACGCUUCAAAGGACUAACAAUAAGACGAAGCCGCCAGCGUUCAGACGCGUAGCGUCGCGAAAGUACGCGAGUGUUUCUACUCAAUCUUACAUGGUAGUAGUGUCGUGUUGAAAAUGCUCUUGGACGUUAGAACGACGAGAGCGUUCGAACGAAAUCGAAGAGUGCCAAAUUACGCAUCCAAAAGCAGAUCGAUCGCGAAACACCGCGAUCACUGCUCGUCAAUUAAAAAAAGAGAAGAAGAGGAAGAAGAAAAAGAAGAAGAAGAAAAUAAACCGGCGAGACUAACGCGCAGCACAAACGGUUUAACGUUUAAGGAUCAUCUCCGCUUUGAUGACUGUCAACCCUGAGAAAAAAAAAAAAAAAAAGAAAGAAAUGUAUCUCGCUCAUCAUCAUGCUAUAAUUAAUGGUAGAAACGCAUUUCUAUUGUACGAGAGAACUCUUCGGCCCAUAGGCAUCCACGUGUUAGGAAUAAUUUUGUACGAUACGAUGACCCGUGUACGACGUAGAAUGCGCGGCGAAACGAGCGAUGGCAGCGAAAUAGAUUCAGAAGAAGAGGAGUUCGUUAGGUAUAGCUGUUUCACUCAGCAAUCGGUAUCGUCGGUGUCCUUUUUGAGAAUUUUCCUCAACCUCCGUCGCGAAUUGUCGCAAGUACCGAGGUGAAGUAAAAGAUUGAAAGGAAACGAUGACGCGUUCGUUAGUUUGCUACGAACUUCUCGUUCGAUGUCCUCGAUUGGCUCGUGACACCUGAGAAACCUGUUAAAGGGUUGCUUUCUGCGGUUGCCACUGCGCCAAGCGAGUCGUUAGAGCGAACACCGAAACACUAUUGUAAAAGUGGAAACUACUGUGGAAACAGGAACUGUUAUUGUUACACGAAUAAAAUAAAAUCCAUAUUACACGA